GCCCUAGACCACUGCGCCACCCGGGAGUCUUUUAACCAAGUCAAAGUGGUGCUGCGAGUUUGCACCUCUCCCCCCGUACCCCCUCCCCAGCCACCCAUUCUCAGAGUGGACCCAGCUAAAAGAAGGGUCACCAUGAUGGACCCAGCUACCACCCACAAUCAACAGCUACAUUUCAACUCUAAACCGACACACUCUGGAGCAGCCACCGGUCCCUCUAAGGCAUAUGUCUUUGACGCAGCCUACCCCCCAGAGUCAACCCAGGCGGAGGUGUGUGUUGGUAUUCUGCCUGACGUCAUCCGUUCUGUGGUCAACGGGCAGACGGCUGCAUUCUGUGUUUUGGACAUGGUGAAGUGGAGUUGUGGCUGAACGACGACAUGGAUAAUAUACAGCUGGAGGGAUUUAAUGCACCGGAAGAACAGAGAAGCUACGUCUGGCUCCCACCCGCGGCGUCUCUCCCAUGACACGUCCCUCUCUCUCAGGAGGUCAGCCAGUGCCCCCAGGUCUCGCUGGAUAGAGAGUGACAUCCCAGAGGCCUACGAGAUCAAGGUGUAUGAGUUAGACGACGUGGAGAGGCUGCAGAGGAGAGGAGGAGCAGACAAACAGGGGAUAGCUUGCUUCAGUGCCAAACUCAAGUUCCUGGAGCACCGUCAGCAGAGGGUGGAGGAGAUGAGAGCCAAGUACAACAGCCUGAAGACAGAACUGGAGCUGGCCAAACAGAACCUCAGGCUGGAGCCAGGGAAAUGGAACCAGGAGUGUGGGUGUUUUCUGUAGAUUCAUCAGACAUUAAUUAACUAGUCAGUUUAUUUCUCUUAGCAACUGGACUUACACUACAAGGUGUGUGAACAUUCUUCUUUUCAUUAGUGACCAAUGCAAUAGCAACUGUACUAAACCAUUUAUCUUGUGGAGUUCUUUUCAGCAACCAUUGCAUUGACUCUUGGUAUUGUCAUAGAAUCAGUCUAAUAGAUAGAAUAUUCCAUCCUACUGUGGCCCUUAAACAACUUAUUCUCUCCUGUGCUUGUCUGGUGUGUUGGUGAGGAUAUGUUAUGUUAGGUGGCUAAUAUUGAUCCUCAGAGGCCUUCCUCAUUCAUGUUAUUUUGAGAUGAUGGCUAGAAAAAUUAACCUCACGUUUGUGUAGUUGACCUGUGGCAGACGUUUGAGGUGGACUCUCUGUAGCACCUGGAAGCCUUGGAGGUUGUCACGGCGAGGCUGGAGAGCAGGGUCAACCUCUGCAAGGCCAACGUCAUGAUGGUCACAUGCUUCGACGUUGCCACCAAGCGCCGGCAARCGAGGAGAUGUCGUCGGAAGGACAGCAGCAAGGAUUCAUGGGAAUUUAGUGUUCAUUUUGUGUAAUUUUGUUCCCAGUGUUGUUAAUAGAUGUACAGAGAGAACGCCACGAUGGAAUACCACUGUCACAGAAAAGUUUUGACAAUUUUUUUGGUGCUUAUCUGAAUUCCUCUUGAAAACAUAAACGUUUGCAUUUCAACUCCCUAACAGUAGGUCGAAGUAUCACUCAGUGUGGACUUCUCAUGGAGAAGAGGGAGUGAAAUCUCGGAAGAUCACAGAGCACACUCACUCUGAAUGAUGUAUGUUCUGACUCAUGCAGAUCAGUAUUCACUGUUAUGUUGAUAGAUCAGCUCAAGGCACUCCAACACACACUCCAACUAAUCACAAUGACUCACUGAUACAUAUACCACAACUUCACCUGGAUGACACACACACACACACACACACACCAUAGGAGGCGCUA